CAUUGCUCAACUGGUGCUUCCAGGCCCAUCCCUGGGCCGGGGCUGCUUCUUGCUUCACUUGAGCCUGCUCUGUGCUAGAGAGAGAGAGGAGGAGAGAGAGAGGAGGUGCUGGCCUUGGUAAGCAGGAUUCCUGCCAGGGUAUCUGAAAAGAGGGUGGCCCAGCGGGCCCUGCCAGCUUGGCAUGUUCUUGUUUGCUCCUGUGAGAGAUGCCUGUUCCCUGUACCCCCUCCUCACUUGGCCUGAGGGAACAUGGCUCUAGAGGUGUGUCCAUAGAUUCGAACUCCAAACACCACCCUUCAACACAUCCCACGGCCAGAGGUACCACUUGGUACAUAUCAGGACGCUCAAUCCUGCAUAGCCCUGUACAACUCAGCUCCAUAGAAGACACAGCAUUGCCGGGCAGGACUCACAGAGCCUCUCCCUGUCUCUGUGCCAGUGUACCGCAGUACCCAGGUAGCACACAGUGGGACCUCACAGCAGCCUCACUUGCACCUCUGUCUUGUAGCACAAACUCUGUACACAUCUGGAUUCUGUGCUGUUGUGACAUAAGCAUACACUGGUGUGUUAUCGCAAUGCUGCCCACAAAUGUCACCGCAUGCCACAGCCCCUUUCAGGCAUCUAUGCUUAGUGAUAUCAUAGAAUCCCAAAUUCAUCCACGUGAGAUACAAAGUCUGAACUUGUCACAACCAGUGUCUCAGCACACCGAGAACAUAAAACCCUUUGGGAGGGUGCUACCCAAAGGCCUGCCCCACAUGUGUUGUGUGAAGCAAGCCCAGAGCCUUGUGUCUGGAGCCUGAAACAGUCCCCCUUGCCUAGUGCCCUGUUCUUGGUCUCUUGGCUCCAACUCAGAUGCCAGCUUGCUUGCCUCUUCGGUCACUGCCCCUCAGAGGAUGGCUAAGGGCCAAGCCCAGAGGCUCGGAGCUGCUGUGCUGGCUUUGGCUGUGUCACUGUAAUGACAGGGCCACACUUGGCAUGAUGCCUCCCCGGGGAACCUCCAUUCCUGACCUCAGUUGUCCCCUUGCACUUCCUGGAGUUGAGAGGGAAAGAAUGGAGGCUCAGAGAGGUGCACGGCUCACCCAGAGUCUUAAAGAGCUGCCUGUGCUCCAGUUAUGAGAGAGGAACAGGGCAUGGCACCCUGCCUCAGUCCAGCUGUCAGGGGCAAGGGGCAGCAAGGGCAGCAGCCUUGAACUCUGCCAGACCUAGACCCAAGUAGGCUGGCAUCCCCAGAUGUCAACAUCUGGGAGCUCCCACGACCCGCCAUCUCCAGUCAGCCAGAGGGUGGGGCCCAGGCAUUCCUGUGGUUGGGAGCCAAGGCUGGAGGCCAAUCGGGUGGCGGCAGCUGCUGACGCCACCACCGACGCGGCAAGUCCCCUCCACACCCAUCCUCCCUCCUCCUACCGCCAGGCAGCCGAAGAGAGCCGGGUGGGGGAGAGGGGAAGCUUCAGGGAGGGCUGGCUAAGGGGACUAAGGGACUUAAAUCAGCUGUGCAGGGGCCCUAGUGAGAGGUAGCUGGGCAGCAGUCACAGGCUGGCGGAAUGCUGUCUCCGCCACUGUGAUGCUGGGAGCUCCAGGAGCCAGCAGGAUGGCAGGAGGAGGAGGACUCUCCUUGGAGCACACCCUCAUCCAUUCAGGAUGCCCCUACUUAAUCAGCUCCCUUGCAUUUCCUUGUGAGAACCUGGGUACCCUAGGGCUGAUGCCUGUCAUCUGAGUCCGGUCUGCUCAUGCUUUUAUGCCUCUGUGUUUCCGGCCAGGCCUACUCCCAGGAUGCCUACCUAAAGGGCAACGAGCCGUAUUCUGGAGAGGCCCGCAGCAUCCCAGAACCACCUCCACUCUGCUACCCACGGAAGACCUAUGCUCCACCAACCAGGGCCCCUGCCUGGGCUACUAUGGUGCCUGAGCCCAUCUCAGCACUACCCCCAGAUCCCCGGAGUCCUGCUGCCUGGAGUGACCCAGGGUCCCGUGUCCCAUCUGCCACCCGUGCCCACCUGGACAACUCUUCCUUGGGGAUGAGCCAGCCCCGCCCAAGCCCUGGUGCCUUUCCCCACCUCCCUUCAGAGUCCCGGACACCCCGUGCCUUCCCAGAGCCUGGCAGCCGGGUGCUUCCCAGCAGACUGGAGUGCCAGCAGGCUCUGUCACACUGGCUGUCCAAUCAGAUACCCCGCAGAGCGGGGGAGAGACGGUGCCCAGCCAUGCCACCCCGGGCCCGCAGUGCCUCCCAGGACCGGUUGGAGGAUGUGACUACCCACCACCCAUGGCCCUGCUCCACCUCCCAGGAUGCCUUGAGCCAGCUGGGCCAGGAGGGUUGGCACCGAGCUCGCUCAGACGAUUACCUGAGCCGGGCUACCCGCUCUGCUGAAGCACUGGGUCCAGGAGCACUGGUGUCCCCUCGUCUUGAACGCUGUGGUUGGGCUUCCCAGCGCCCAUCUGCCCGCACCUCUGCUUGCCCUUCUCGGGACUUGACCCAGGCCCCUCCCCCAUCUGGCCUGCAGGGCCUGGAUGACAUCGGGUACAUUGGAUAUCGGAGCUAUAGCCCAUCAUUCCAGCGCCGGACUGGUCUCUUGCACGCCCUCUCCUUCCGGGACUCACCCUUUGGGGGACUUCCCACCUUCAGCUUGGCCCAGUCUCCUGCAUCAUUCCCACCAGAGGCCUCCGAACCACCUAGGGUCGUCCGGCCAGAUCCUAGCACCCGAGCCCUAGAGCCUCCCGCAGAGGAUCAUCGUGAUGAGGUGGUCCUGAGGCAGAAGCCUCCAACGGGUCGCAAGGUCCAGCUGACCCCAGCAAGGCAGAUGAACCUUGGAUUUGGUGAUGAGUCCCCAGAACCCGAGGCCAGAGGGGAACGCCUGGGGAGGAAGGUAGCCCCUCUGGCCACUACGGAAGACUCGCUGGCUUCUAUUCCCUUUAUUGACGAGCCCACCAGCCCCAGCAUUGACCUUCAGGCCAAGCAUGUCCCUGCCUCCGCAGUGGUCUCCAGUGCCAUGAACUCAGCCCCUGUCCUGGGAACUAGCCCAUCCUCGCCAACCUUCACUUUUGCCCUCAGCCGCCAUUACUCCCAGGACUGCAGCAGCAUCAAGGCAGGCCGCCGUUCCUCCUACCUGCUGGCCAUCACCACGGAGCGCUCCAAGUCCUGUGACGAUGGACUGAACACCUUCCGGGAUGAGGGCCGAGUGCUCCGGCGCCUUCCCAGCCGGGUGCCCAGCCUACGAGUGCUGCGGAGCUUCUUCACGGACGGGUCUCUAGAUAGCUGGGGCACCUCUGAAGAUGCUGAUGCCCCCUCUAAACGACACUCAACCUCUGACCUCUCAGAUGCAACCUUCAGUGAUAUCAGGAGAGAAGGCUGGUUGUAUUAUAAACAGAUCCUCACCAAGAAGGGGAAGAAAGCGGGCGGCGGCCUGCGCCAGUGGAAGCGCGUCUAUGCCGUCCUGCGGGCGCGCUCGCUCUCGUUGAGCAAGGAGCGGCGGGAGCCCGGGCCGGCGGCUGCGGGGGCUGCGGCGGCCGGCGCAGGUGAGGACGAGGCGGCGCCCGUCUGCAUCGGCUCCUGCCUGGUGGACAUCUCCUACAGCGAGACCAAAAGGAGGCACGUGUUCCGGCUGACCACCGCUGACUUCUGUGAAUAUCUCUUUCAGGCUGAGGAUCGGGAUGACAUGCUGGGCUGGAUCAGAGCGAUCCGGGAGAACAGCAGGGCCGAGGGCGAGGACCCCGGCUGUGCCAACCAAGCUCUGAUCAGCAAGAAGCUUAAUGACUAUCGCAAAGUGAGCCAUAGCUCUGGGCCCAAAGCCGAUUCCUCCCCUAAAGGCUCUCGGGGCCUGGGAGGCCUCAAGUCUGAAUUCCUCAAGCAGACUGCAGUCCGCGGCCUCAGAACUCAGGAGCAGCCCCCAGGAAGCAAGGAAGACAGUGUUGCAGCUCCCAAAACCCCCUGGGGCAUCAAUAUUAUCAAGAAGAACAAGAAGGCCGCCCCGAGGGCAUUUGGAAUCCGGUUGGAGGAGUGCCAGCCUGCCACCGAGAACCAGCGUGUCCCCCUGAUCGUUGCUGCCUGCUGCCGUAUUGUGGAGGCCCGGGGGCUGGAAUCAACUGGCAUUUACCGGGUACCUGGCAACAACGCAGUGGUGUCUAGCCUGCAGGAGCAGCUCAACCGUGGGCCAAGUGACAUCAACCUGCAGGAUGAGCGCUGGCAGGACCUCAAUGUCAUCAGCAGCCUGCUCAAGGCUUUCUUCCGCAAGCUGCCGGAGCCUCUUUUCACUGAUGACAAAUACAAUGACUUCAUCGAGGCCAAUCGGAUAGAAGAUUCCAGGGAGAGGAUGAAGACGCUGCGGAAGCUGAUCCGGGAUCUCCCAGGACACUACUAUGAAACACUUAAAUUCCUUGUGGGCCAUCUCAAGACCAUUGCUGACCACUCAGAGAAGAACAAGAUGGAACCCCGGAACCUGGCUCUGGUCUUCGGGCCAACAUUGGUAAGGACAUCUGAAGACAACAUGACAGACAUGGUGACCCACAUGCCGGACCGCUACAAGAUCGUGGAGACGUUGAUCCAGCAUUCUGACUGGUUCUUCAGUGAUGAUGAGGACAAAGGAGAGAGAACCCCUGUUGAUGACAAGGAGCCACAGUCGGUGCCCAACAUCGAGUACCUCCUGCCCAACAUUGGCAGGACAGUGCCCCCCAGUGAUCCAGGCUCAGCAGAUUCCACCACCUGUAGCUCAGCCAAGUCCAAGGGUUCCUGGGUCCCCAAGAAAGAGCCUUACGCCCGGGAGAUGCUGGCGAUCUCCUUCAUCUCUGCGGUCAACCGCAAACGGAAGAAGCGGCGGGAGGCGCGGGGCCUGGGCAGCAGCACCGACGAUGACUCCGAGCAGGAGGCGCACAAGGCUGCGGUGGGGACGCAGGAGCCACCCGAGGGGCAGCUGCCGGGCCCCGCAGCCGAGGAGGCCCCUGGUCGCCUCAGCCCCCCUACGGCACCCGACGAACGGCCUGCGGCGGACACGCGCUCCAUCGUCUCGGGCUACUCCACCCUGUCCACCAUGGACCGUAGCGUGUGCUCGGGCACCGGCGGGCGGCGCGCGGGCGCGGGCGACGAGGCGGACGACGAACGCAGCGAGCUGAGCCACGUGGAGACGGACACGGAGGGGGGCGCAGGCCCCGGGGGGCGCCUGUCGCGCCGGCCAUCCUUCAGCUCACACCAUCUCAUGCCAUGCGACACUCUGGCACGCCGUCGCCUGUCUCGCAGCCGCGCGGAGGCCGAGGGUCCGGGCGCGGGUACGGCCCGGGCGUGUCCCCGCGGUCCGGAGCCACCGGGCUCGGCAUCGUCCAGCAGCCAGGAGUCGCUGCGGCCCCCGGCGGCCGCCCCGGCACUCGGCUCACGACCUUCGCGCGUGGAAGCCCUGCGGCUACGUCUCCGUGGCACCGCCGACGACAUGCUGGCCGUGCGGCUGCGGCGCCCACUGUCGCCCGAGACGCGGCGGCGCCGGAGUAGCUGGCGCCGCCACACAGUGGUGGUGCAGAGCCCGCUGACCGACCUCAACUUCAACGAGUGGAAGGAGCUGGGUGGAGGGGGCCCUCAGGAGUCCGUGGGCGUGCGACCGCACAGCGACAAUAAGGACUCUGGCCUCAGCAGCCUGGAGUCCACCAAGGCACGGGCCUCAUCCGCCGCAUCACUGCCAUCUGGGGACCUAGGGGCCCUGCAGGGUCUGCCCCAGCGCCGCUCAGCUGCCGCCCGCCUCCACCAGUGUCUGUGAUACCCUCCCCUGUUCCGGGGCUGCAGAAAUUCCCGUCUCGUUUGUGCCCCCCUCAGCCACCCCCAGUGCUGCAGAAGGUUGGGGGUGGGGUGUGAAGGGCGGCGCUGGUGUGGCAGGCUGGAGUUAGGUGAGGUGGGCAGAGAAAUCAAAGCCAGACCGAAGUGGGAGUCCUCAGGAGAGGGGAGGGGCUAUUGGGAGUCAUGUCCCUUGGAUGAAGAACCGAGUAGCCCUUUUCUGUGAGUCUACUUAGGGACCCUUGGUGACCCAUGCAGUGUGGGUGGACCGCCCAAGUUUCAUACAGAAGGAAAAAUACAGGCUGGAUUUAGGGUCUGUCCUCUGCCUCCCCCCCCAAUAGCUCCUAGCCAGGGAGAGAGGGAGGAUGAAUGUCUGAGGAGCGGUUAUGUGGGGUUGGGUGUCCAUGGGAGAGGGGGCAUGUGUGUGUGUGUGUGUGUGAGAGUGUGUAUGUGUGUGUGUGUGUAGUCACAGUGCAAAGGUGUUUGUUACCAGUAGCUAUUUCUACCCCAAUUCUUUUAUUUUCCCCGCCAGGACCCUGCCUUUGGUGCACACAGGCACCUUAGCCCCAAGUUUGUCAGAGGCUGGGUUGAGGCCACUUCCACAGAGGCAGGACUGAACCCCACUACUACCGGAGUCGCUCCUCACAUCCUUUGCCGACCUCUAAGUCACCCCUCUAAGCUCUCUGACCUGUGGAUCUGUCUGGAUCCCCUUACAGCUGGCAUCUUCCUCCUCCAUGUUCACCCUGCAUCCUUCGGCAGCUUAGCAUGCGGACUCGCCUUCAGUCGGGAGGAACUCUGUCCGGCACUGAUGUAUAGAGUCUCAGCUGGGCUGUUCUUGCAGGGUGGGUGGGACCAGCUUCUCUUCCCACACAUUGUAAAUAGACCUAAAGCACUAGUCCCCCUCUGCCCUCACUCAUUCCAGGGGAGCCCCAGUGGGGUGACCUGCUCUGCUGCCCAGGUCUGUCAGUCUUUCGGGUUUAUGCAAAGAUUUGCUGUAAAGUCUCUCCCCCCUCCCUUUCACUGUAAAUAUUGUCUCUAAUGUGUAACAUAUUAUAAAGAAUUUAUAAGGAUUUUUAAAGAUGUUUUGCUCAUUUUAAAAAGUGUUGUAACAGUGUUGGAUAAAGCCCCCCACAUCUGCAUGGCUCCUCCCACUGUGUCCUUGACACACCUCUCUAGGCUAUAACUAAGAUUCCUGCUUCUGAAAGUCUUGUCUUAAAAGUACAGUCUAUAUCUUGGAAAUAAAUGGCCUUCCUCAGGCAUGAA